UCAGCCUUGCAGCUAAAACACUGUACUUUUGAACUAUAGUCUCGAGGAAACCAGUCGUACCAGGGAGAAUCACUAGGCUUUAUUCAAGACAUUUAGCCUAUAGCUUUCCUCGUGGCGAGUUUAGAGAUUUCACUUCAUACGUGGAGAGCGCACCUGUGAAGGAGCUAUCCUGUUUAUUCGUUUUAGCCAGUGCGGCUUCUUCCGGUACUGUGAGCAAGCUGGAUUCCCGCAGCUCCUCACCAUGUCUGGCAGGUUAUAGAUAUUCCAUGGAGCAACCAAAUCUCUAUGAGGUCGCCCCACGACCCCCGAUGACAAGCCUAGCCCAGAGUCAGAGUCAGCAAAACGCCUACUGCUACAAAGACCCCUCCGCUUCUGGACCCGUGUCCGGAACAGGAGGAGACCUCGGCGAGAUUUGUGAGAACGAAAACUCCAUUGAUAUCAGCGCUUACAUCGACCCUGCAGCCUUUAACGACGAGUUCCUGGCUGAUCUAUUCCACAACAGUUCGAAGCAAGAGAAACUCAAGCUGGCGAACAGUGAGUACGAAUCCUACCCCCACGGGGUGAGCUCUGGCUCGGGGGCGCACCACCAACAGCACCAACAGCACCCGCAGCAGCAAGGCUAUGGUUCUAUCCCCGGGUAUAUGGACACAUCUAAACUUGAACCUAUUUACGACACCCAGUCGACGAGAAUCAGACCCGUGGCGAUAAAACAAGAGCCCAGAGAAGAAGAUGAAAUGAGGCAUUCUAUGCCUCCCACCUAUCACCAUUCCCACCAGCAUCUCCCACAACACCUAUCCCAUCUCCAGUACCAAAUUGCGCACUGCGCUCAGACGACCAUGCAUCUCCAACCCGGACACCCGACGCCUCCACCUACUCCCGUUCCGAGCCCACAUCACAGGGAUGGCAGCAUGUCCUCCGUUGGAUCCAUGAAGAUGAUGGGACGCGACGACCGAGAUCGGGACCGGGGUAAAUCUAAAAAGCGCGUCGACAAAGCUAGCACGGAGUACCGGUUGAGGCGGGAGAGGAACAACGUCGCGGUGAGGAAGAGUAGAGACAAGGCGAAAAUGCGUAAUGUUGAGACGCAGCAGAAAGUGAUAGAGCUGGCGUCGGACAACGAAAGACUGCGGAAGAGAGUGGAACAUCUUACCCGAGAACUGGACACAUUAAGGGGCAUCUUCAGACAACUUCCCGAUGGAUCUUUCAAACCCAUGGCCAACUGCCAGUGAACACGGACUUACAAGUGGCUUUUACAUUGGACUUUUAUUAAACACUUACUUGUAGACGUCUGCUGGAUAUAGCCUACCGCGCUAUAGAUUCAUCUGACAGAUCGUGACUGCAACAGUUUGUUUCUUAUUAAGGAGAGACAGGGCAGCUGAGGUAUACAUGCCUUCUGUACAAAACAAUAAGCUCAUUUCUCCACGUUUGAACAGUGGACCUGUGUUUUGUGUGUGUGUGUGUGUGUGUGUGUGUGUGUGUGUGUGUGUGUUUUAUUAUAUAACAUUGUGUGUUUAGCCACGCAAAAACAACAUAUCAGUGCAGCUGAAGGUAUCGGGGCAUGAUUUUUCACAAUAAUCACUAGCCUGCUCGAUGUUCAUGUUUUAACGUUAACAUCUCAAUACCGUAUUCUUGUCUUACUAAACUAAACAUUUGUGCAUUUGACUUAUAGAGCUUACAGUAUAUUAUUAAACUGCAAAGUGCACACAGCUUUCCAAAUAUUUUUUUCUUCUUAAAUUUGUUUUUUUUUUGAAAAGCAAAAAAAAAUCUGAUCGGUGAUCAGAAUGUUUUUCAUUUAUUGCCGUUCAGACAGAAAAGCCCAUAUAAAAAGGUACAGAGCUAGAACGUAUAUCCUGCUGCUGUCUGCUGUGUCAGGAUUCACACAUUCUAUGGCUCUGAAUUAAAAUGCCACAGCAAACGACUGCAAACGUGUAAUACUGUGGUACCUGCUUCUGCACAAGCAGUUCGUUGUGUGCGCUAUAAAUGUCUUCAAAAUACAACCGAAUGAAGCACAUUGUAUCUCAUUCAUAUGUUUGGGUACUAAUCUGAACACGCCUCUCAGUGUAAAUAAAACUCUUUAUAAACUAAAAGUAUAGCUUUUGUAUUUAUGUAUAAUUGAU